AUGUUGGGCAAAAACUCGUACCUUCUACAACAAGCCGGAGCCGAAGCCGAAGCCGAUCCCGAUCCCAUCCACUCUCUCGACUUGCUCUCGGCUCACUACUUAGCUCACCAAAACCCCCCUCCAGUUCUCGAGCCUCCUACAGUUCUGUACAGUGAGGAGGGGCCUUCCGGCCCGAAAUCCACCAAAAAGGACCGGCACAGCAAGAUAAACACGGCCCAAGGCCCGAGAGACCGGCGGGUCCGCCUCUCCAUCGGCGUGGCCCGCAAGUUCUUCGACCUCCAGGAGGUUUUGGGCUUCGACAAGCCCAGCAAAACCCUCGACUGGCUCCUCACGAAAUCCCGCUCCGCCAUCAAACACCUCGUCGACGCAUCCAAAAGCAGCGUCAUCUCCUCCGACGACGAUGACGAACCUGGCCAAAAAUCGAGCAAAAAUUUAGAUAAGAAGGGAAAAUCGAGCAAAAAGAAUAAUAGCAAACAGCUGGCGGCAGCAAAGGAGUCGCGAGCAAAGGCACGCGCGCGGGCCCGAGAGAGGACGUGGGAGAAAAUGGAUCAAUCGGAAGCCGUCGUCGCCGCCGCCGCCAAGAGGAAGGUAAACGCCGCCGAGACUUCUUCGACUUUCGGGUUUGAUAAUAAUACUGCUCCAUGUCCGUACAGUACCACCGUCGUCGGCGAGGGGGGCUGCUGGGACAGUAUGGCUAAUUUCGAGUCCAGCUUGAGUGCUAUUUUGGAUCACCACAAGUUCAAUGUUAGGUCUUCGAACAACUAG